GCCUGUUUUCUUAGUGAUUAACUCAUAUAAAUGGCUGUUCUCUGCCAUAGAGAGACUAUCUUUCAUGCAUAGUUCGUCGGCAUUUAUAUCAUUUCACAAAAUAUUCAUUCCCAAGUUUUGAUAGACUGCUAGCAGGAAUGAGUUUAUCAGAAUUGCUUCGCGGCACCUUGUGCAAGAAGUUCCCAUGCGGGACAGGCGACUCUCCCCUCAAGAUGAAGAUGUGUUCCGAAUAUGACUAUUACAGCCUCAGUAAGAUCGACAAAGACCCCGACGACUUAUUCGAGAAAACCCGCAGCUUCUUCGAGGAGGUACAGGAGAUGAUGGGAAGUGAGAAUCUGAGCCAAGCCCGGAAAACAGCAUACGAGGAACAUAGCAUCGCCAUUAUGGCCGCAAUUAUUUUCGGUUCAAACAUGAUUGAGAAGACCGGAUCUUCAGAAAACAUCACCCAGAAACUCUGCAAAGACAUUUUCACCGGAGUUCCCGUCGCCUCAGAGAUACCCCUCACCCACCCAGACUGCCUCGCAAUGCUUACCCACAUCCUCCGCCAAGACCUCCCCCCCACCCACAAAUCCAUCAACCGCAGCCGCAUAGAAGUCACCCAACACGCCGCAGCAUGGACCUACCUCGUCACCUCCCUCCUCUCCGGCCCCCUCACCGAAACGCACCUCCUCACAGCCCACCUCAUCCUCUGCGCCGACCUCCCUCUCAACGACCACACGCCCUACGCCGGCCUCUGCCGCCUCGUCGGCGUCUACGCGGGCCUGAAUCCCUUCCCUCCGCCGGCCAGUAUCCCUAGUCUAAUCCGCACUCUAGUGUACGAUUACAACGCUGCUAUCGAUCUUGCGAAGACAGCGGGGUUUCUGGAUCCGUUCGCGCUGGCGGCGGAGUUUGGACAUCGGUUUGUGAAUAUUCAUCCGUUUAUUGAUGGAAAUGGGAGGGUGUGUAGGCUGCUGAUGAAUGCGAUUUUGUUCUGCUAUGCUGGGAUUGUGGUGCCGUUGGGGGAGACGGAGGAGGGGAGGGACGCGUAUUUGGGGGUUGCGAUUAGGGCGUCGGAGGGGGAGAGUGUGAGGGAGGAGGGGGGAAAGAAGGCGUGGGCGGAGUUGUCGUCGUUGCUUAUUUUGGAGGCGUGUGGGCGAUUUGAGACUUUGAGGGAGAGGUUGCGGACGGUGGCUUGA